CGAAACCCUAGUCCGGGAAAGAUCUGACAACCGCUUCUUCUGAGCGGGCAGUUUCUUUCUCGUCCCCUUCCUCUCUCCACUCUGCAGGGAAAAAAGACUCCCGUAGCCCAUCGUCAGAUUCACCUCUCUCUACUUCUUCCAAACACUGACGUCCUUACUCCUGUGUAUUACGCUCCUGCUUGAAAAAAACUCCAUUCUGUUCACCGCAUUAGCUCUCCUAACACUACCUGAGCCUGUUCAUAUCCCAGUUGGAUGUAUUCCAGCCAUGUCCGAGGCCUUUGACUUCUUAUCCGGUCAACCUCACUCCAAGUGGAGUGUCCUACGCGAGUGUGCUGUUAAUUGUGGAAUUGGGCACAUAUUCAACAAAUUGAUAACUGAAAUUGGAGAUCCUGUUGACUUUGAACUUCCGAACUGGUUAAAUAAGUGGCAGCCUAUGUCAUAUGUCAAUAUAAGACGCAAUAUAUACCAUACUAAGAGAAUUAAGAAGCGUUUGAAAGAUGAUGGCAUUUUUUGUUCUUGCAACUCAGUUGGUGGAUCUCCUGCUGUGUGUGGUAGAGAUUGCCUUUGCAGCAUGCUCUUGUCUUGCUGCUCCUCUGGAUGUAAAUGUGGAGAUUCAUGCCUCAAUAAACCUUUCCAUCUACGGCCAACCAAGAAGAUGAAAAUAGUGAAGACAGAGAAAUGUGGCUCUGGCAUUGUGGCAGAUGAAGAUAUUAAGCGCAAAGAGUUUGUUAUAGAAUAUGUUGGGGAAGUUAUUGAUGACAAGACAUGCGAGGAGAGGCUCUGGAAAAUGAAGCACAGUGGGGAAACUAAUUUUUACUUGUGUGAAAUCAACCGGGAUACUGUUAUUGAUGCAACUUACAAGGGAAACAAAUCAAGAUACAUUAAUCACAGUUGCUGUCCUAAUACUGAGAUGCAGAAAUGGAUGAUUGAUGGAGAAACAAGAAUUGGCAUAUUUGCAAAGCGUGACAUAAAAAGGGGCGAGCAUCUAACCUAUGAUUAUAAGUAUGGGUGAUGUGAUUAUAAUUUAUUACAGAGUAUUUCUGAGCUCUAAACUUGAGUCUAUGCAGCCACUUAGGCUCUACCUUUCCAAAGUACAAAAGGGUAAUUGUCUCAAAAUAUUGUGGGGCAAUUAGUUAGCGACUGGGUGCCCCUUCAGUCACCUAACCUGACUUUUAUAUGAGAAUUUUCAAGUACCCCAAUGGAGUAAGGAUUAUAUUGGGCGAAGUGUUGUUACUAUCUAAGCAUCCCAAUGGAGUAAGGAUUAUAAUGGGCUAAGCGUUAGUUUUCUGCUUUAUGAAUUUAUUCUAUUGGGUUGUUUCUUGUGUUUUUGCAUGAAAUUAACAUGUUGGUACCUUACGUUUUUGAGGCAAAUCCUGUAUAAAUUUGUCUAAAAAGGGUAGCAGGUUUGUACAGUUUGGUGCAGAUCAGGAUUGCCACUGUGGAGCGGAAGGCUGUAGACAAACACUUGGUUUCAAACCAACCAAGACCAAGAUAUCUUCAUCAGAUGCUGCAUUGCAUUUAGUGGCCUGCCAGGUGGCUGCUACUUCUCCCAAAGUGAGAGCACUUCUAUCUGCAAGAGAGGUAGUUGUCAACUACGGCGUAUUAAGGUUUAUUUUUACCAAGAGAGUUAUGAAUUAUGAUAGGUCUUGUCACAGUUGCUACUGGCCACUUUAGCAAUUUAUUUUGAAGUACCAACUGAAUUUUACAGUAUAUCUGCUGAAUGUUUACCCUGGUAAAUUAACUCUUGACAAAUAUGAUCAUAAGCAUCACCAUCAUCAUUGCUGUUGUUGUCGUCCUCAACUUUUCAAUAGGAUGAUUUAAUGUUUUUGCUUGGUGAUAGUUUUUCACCAUGCUGCACUAAUUAGUUUCACUUCAGGGUGCCAUUUAGGCCAGAUAAUAUGAAACUUUUAAAAUAAAUUUUAUUGUAGAUUUGUUUAAUGUUUUCCCUAGUUUUUGAACAUUUGAUACAAUGCUCAUCUUCUAUUUUUUCUUGGAAGCUCAAUUAGAAACAGAAAAGAUGUUUUAUUCAUAGGCAUACAAAAAGGAGAUUAUAUGGUGAUUUGUUGUUAAGGAUAGGGGAUGAUAUGUGAUUCAUGUAAUAACAUUAGUGUAAAAUAAAACUACUCCCCUUCUGAAUACGGCGUGAAACUUUGUAGUUAAGUGUAGUAUGACCUUUUCUAGCUUUUCAACAAAGGGCCAGUUUUUUCUGUUUUGCCACUUCAUUUUGCUUGGAGUGUUAUAAGGCGAACUCUCGUGAAAGAUACCUCUGUGAUUCAAUAAUGAUAGUCAAAAGACCAUUGGGCAUUAUCACUCCGUAGAGUUUUGAUAGAUUAUCACUGUCCUCGAUUUUAAUUUUAUUAGUCAUUUCCACCCAAAAUUAACAUCCCACUUUUUUAUUGGGGUUUCCCAAAUUCAACUUCCCAUUUCCUUUUUUUGGCAUGUCUUUUACUACUUUUAAAUGAAAGUACAUUGGUUUC